AGUUUAAGAAGAGUUAUGAGAAUGAUUCUCAGAGCAGUGAUAAUAUAAACUUCCUGCGUGUGAGCUGGUCCUCAAAGCAACUGACCACUCUGAAGCCCAUCCUGUCUGACAUCGAGUACCUGCAGGACCAACAUCUGUUGCUCACUGUCAAAUCUCUCGAUGGAUACGAGUCCUACGGAGAGUGUGUGUUGGCACUGAAGUCAAUGAUUGGCAGUACAGCUCAGCAGUUCCAUACAUAUCUUUCUCACCGCGGUGAGGAGACUGGCAACAUCCGCGGCUCCAUGAGGGUCAGAGUCCCUUCUGAGAGAAUGGGGACCAGAGAGAGACUGUACGAGUGGAUCAGUGUGGAUAAGGACGAGACCGGAGGGCCAAAAGGGAAAACGCUGUCCUCUAGAGCCGGACACGAUUACGUAAAGCCCACACCAAGCAGGAAAGAGCUGAGUAAAGUUUCAGAGGAGGGAGAGAGAAACACUACAGGACAACCUGCAUACACACACACUGCUACUAAAGAGGAUAAUGCACAGACCAGGUUGAAGCAGACAGAGUCUGCAGAUGGAGAUGCAACUACAUGCAAAAAUAGCUUCAACAACCCUGCCUACUACAUACUUGAGGGCGUUCCUAACCAGUCAGCGGCACUGGCUGCAGACCUGCUCCAAGGCUCCGCCCUCUCUCCACUGGCUGCAUCAAAAUCACCACCCCCUGCCGGUGGAGCUGGAAAAGGCAAAAGUUCAAUCCAAGUGCGUAAACAGACGAGUGGCCGGCCACCACGGCCCAUCAGUGAGGAGGGGGGAUCCUCUGAGGAAGAUGGAAGUACUGGGUUGACCCGCCCACCUCCAGACUUCCCGCCCCCGCCCCUUCCUAACAGUGCUCUUGACGUGUCGGACGCCUCGUUUUUCCCAAAAGAAAGCAAACCUCGGCUGCACUCUGAUCUGGCAGACAUCAAGAUUCCAGCAACCGUUUCCUCCAAGCCCCUCCCUUCCCCCAGCUUUGCUCCACCCUCUACAGGAAGCGGCGCUUUCUGUCUGGACACUUCACCGGCGCCCUCUGCUUUCAGAAGAGGAGGUGGAGCUUCAGGCGCUGAUGACCAAUCAUGUUCAGUACUUCAUCUGGCCAAGAAACUGAGUGAAGUGGAAUACGUGGCUGGGGUGGGAGGUGUUGGAGGGGCAGGACUUAAAGGGGGUGGAGCCAUCCAUGGUAGAGGUUUGGGAUUUAGUGAAAGCUGUCGUACUUUUCCCCCUCGCUCCAUCCCGGAAGAGAUCAUGGCUGAGGACCUGCCUGAGGAGGCUCUGUGGCAGGGUGGUAGCAGCAGUAGCAGUCUGUCAGUGGACUCAAGCGUGGGCGAGUGGCUGCAGAGACUUGGGCUGGAGCGCUAUGAGGAGGGAUUGCUGAGGAACGGCUGGGAUGAUCUCGAGUUCCUUAGUGACAUCACUGAGGAGGACCUGGAGGAGGCGGGUGUUCUAGACCCCGCCCACAAGAAGAUCCUACUGGCCAGUUUGAGACAACACCAGCAGCAGAAGUGAGCGCAAAAACUGCAGCAUCACUAACAUCUUCAUCCUCCGUGUCCCGCUUCCGUCUUUAUCUUCCACUUGACGGUGUUUCAAGAAAAGUCGACACAGUUUUGCUACAGGCCUCGAGCCUGCAGCUGGGGAUCAACUUCCUACUUCCUGACAGAGGAGGAAGUGACAUCUCAGGGUUUGCCUGAGAGCUUCGUCCACAUUCCUUAUGCUUUUUCUGUUGGGAGACCGGUUUAUUAAUUUAGUGUUUAGUGAAUUUAAUUAAAAAAGGGAAAGAAAGAGGCCAAAUUCAGUGAAUGAUUGUUAGUUUGUAAACUUUGCGUGUGUGUUCUGAGACAUUUUUAGAGUUCUUCUGCAUACUCUUGGGUUCAUUGUGGCUUGUCUGUUUUCUGGAACUUUCUGAAAGUUGAACACUAAUGUUGAUGUGUGGGAGACGUGUGAUUUUAUAAAAGACACACCCAGUUUAAAUACUAAAUGAGUGGGAGCAGCACAGUUGAUGGGAAAAUGUCUAAAAGGCAAACUCUUAUGUUGUUAAACUCCACGUGAUUUGGAGUUACCGGAAGUAGCCACCAGGCGGCGCUGCAGACAUUUUUAAGGGAUUCAUGUUUGAUUUAAACAGUGCAGUGGACCUGGAAACUGACCCUUGGGUCGCUGGGCCUGUAAAAAUGGGAUAAAAUGUGAGUGAGAAAAGCGGUGUGUGUUCAAGAUUAAGUUUAGAAUAAAAUUAGUUUAAUAUUAACUUCUAUUAAGCCUCCACACACACAGUUUAUUAGAUUUCAGACUCACUCCACGGUAGGGUGUGUGUGAGUGAGAGAGAGAGAAAACUGUGCCAUGUUUUAAUUUUAAAACACUCUGUGUUCAGUUUGUCGUUUGUAACUCUGUUUUUAUUAAUGCCUUUAAGUAAUUGUGAAUUGGCGUUCAAUGACGUCGCGAAUAAAAACUAACGACUAGUGUCGGUGUCUUCUGAUUGGUUGAAUCAUCCUUGUCAUGAUUUAUUUGGUAAAUUUAUGAAUAUUAAUUUAAGUAGUUGAUUUUUAAUUAUUGUUCUGUAAAUUAAACUGGACAUCAAAGUGUGGAUGAAAUUUUUACUGUGAAUGUUAUUUAUCCACUUCUGACUGAGACCUUGUUCUUCACAUCACUCUAGAUUGAUGUUUUUACAGUAGAGGAAAACUGGGAUUUGUAAAGAGUAACUAAAGGGGACAAUUAAAGGUGCUUUUCUCUGAACGGUGAAACUAUUACAGGGUUUUUCACUGUCUUCCUGGAGUACAGGUUCUGGCUUUAACCUGUCCGAGUGUGAAUAGAUUAUAAAGGAGUUUAAUAUGAGUGGAGUUUAAUAUCCUUACUGUGUAACAUCAAGUUAUAUAUUUAUUGUGUAAAGUUGUGCAUGUUGUAGUUUUAAUCAUUCUAAUAUCAGCUUUAAUUGUAUUCUGUAAUUGUUUUUAAACCUCUGAACAGUUAAAGAAUCAGUUUUUCAUUAAUAAAAGUGGAAUCCAGCACAUGACAAA